GUGUCACGUGACAAGUGUCCGGAGAAUUUUCAAGAUGGAUACUUUCAUUGAAAUGUGAUCCAUGCGAUAUUGAUAAUUGCACGCGGAUUUCUUCAAUUUGGAAAGUUCAAGUACAAGGCUAUGCUGGUGCGGCCGGUGCAGUCGACCACGCUGCGCUAGGUGCCCGCGCAGCCGCGCCCGUCUGGCCACUGGGAGCGGCAGCCGGAGAGCGCCGGACGCGCCGCGCCGCGCCGCGCCGCGCCACUGUCAGCGGCGACCUGAAUGACUGCCCGCUGCUGGCGGCUCUAGGGCGCCAGGCAGCAUGAUCAAGGAGCCGAAAGACAGUAAGAAAGAGAAGAAGGGCGGCGCGGCGGCGGCCGCCGCCCCUCCGGCGUCCGGGAAACGGGACUCGGCCGGGCCGGGAGCGGACGCCAGCCCGCUGAACGGCGCUGGCGGCGCGCCGGACGCCCCUCCGGCCGCCCCCGCCCCCGCCGCCGUGGACGACGAGCUGAAGGCUGAGGGAGCGGCGCCGGCAGCCGCCGAUGGUGGUAAGCCGAGCUCGCUGGCGGCGCGGCCUCAGGAGCAGUCCGGCGCACUGAAGACGGAGGACGGCGCACCUCCGGCUCCGCCGCCGCCGCCAGCGCAGCAGCAGCAGCAGCAGCAGCAGCAGCAGCAGCAGCAGCAGCAGGGCGGGCCUAAUGACUUCGGCACUGAGCCGCCGCAGCCGCCGGCCAGCGGCGGGCCGGCACCGGCCGCCCAGCCGCUGCCCUCCAGUGUCAUCAACAAGCAGCCGAUGACGGCCGACGCCCAGUACAUGCAGCAGCAGAGCCACAUAUUCGUGUUCAGCACGCAGCUGGCCAACAAGGCGUACGAGGCGGUGGUGCUGCAGAGCCAGUACCCGACCAUCAUCGCCUACCACUGCUCGCAGCCCGGCACCAAAAAAUACCUGGACCGGAACCCGCUCAAAAUGAGUCAGUUCAGCAGAGGUGGCGCGCCGGCCACCGGCUUGUACAACAGCAAGCGGCCCGCCAGCGGCGCGCGGGGCAUGCCUCAGCCGACCGGGCACGGCGCUCCGGCGCCGCCUGAAUUCGGCACACCCAACGCCAUGGCGGGACCCGGUGGACCUCCCAUGUCCAUGGCGGGGCCCGGUGGACCUCCCAUGUCCAUGGCGGGACCCGGUGGACCUCCCAUGUCCAUGGCGGGGCCCGGUGGACCUCCCAUGUCCAUGGCGGGACCCGGUGGACCUCCCAUGUCCAUGGCGGGGCCCGGUGGACCUCCAAUGUCCAUGGCGGGACCCGGUGGACCUCCCAUGUCCAUGGCGGGGCCUGGUGGACCUCCCAUGUCCAUGGCGGGACCCGGUGGACCUCCCAUGUCCAUGGCGGGACCCGGUGGACCUCCAAUGUCCAUGGCGGGACCCGGUGGACCUCCCAUGUCCAUGGCGGGACCCGGUGGACCGGGUAUGCCUGGCCCCUACUGCAUGGUCAGCUCAGCCGGGCACAUGAUGCCGUCGCCGUCGUGCGGCCCCAACAUGAUGUCGUCGCCGGCGAUGCGCUUCUCCACGGCGUCGUCGAUGCCGUGUGGCGGCAACGGCGGCGGCGUGGUGCCGGGCGGCGACGACGGCCGGCCGCUGACGUCCGUGCAGCGGCUGCCCGACGAGGACCUGACGCCCGAGCAGCGCCACCACCGCGCCUCCCAGCUGGCCACGCUCAAACGCAUAGGCGAAAUGCUGCUGCCCGACCAGCCGCGGCCGGCCGGCGGCGGCGGCGCGCCGGCCCAGCCGCCCGCCCAGCCGCCCAACGCCUGCCAGAUGACCAACGGGCCCAUGGGUCCGCUGGGCGGGCCGGGCGGCCUCGGCGCGCCCAUGGCCGGCGCCGGGAUGAUCAUGGCGCCCAACGGACACAUGAUGCACAAUAACGGCAUGGGCCCCGGCGGCGGCCCCAUGGGCCCCAUGGGUCCCGGCGGACCGAUGAUGGGGCCGCAGGGCGGACCGAUGGGGCCCGGUAUGAUGGGCCCCAUGGGCCCCGGCGGUAUGAUGGGCGCGCAGCCGGCGCGCAUGCUGGGCCCCGGGGGGCCGGCGACCUCGAUGGCCGCGCAGAUGGAGUGGCAGCGGCUGCAGUCCGAGUUCUACGAUGAACGCCGCCGAAAGGGACUGAUGACCAUGGGCCCCGGCGGCAUGCCCAUGGGACCUCAGGGCCCCGGCGGUAUGCCGAUGGGUCCGCAGGGACCGGGCGGCCCGAUGGGUCCGCAGGGACCGGGCGGCCCGAUGGGUCCGCAGGGCCCCGGUGGUCCGAUGGGUCCGCAGGGUCCGAUGGGUCCGCAGGGCCCGGGCAGCCCGAUGUGCGGGCAGGUGCCGGCGGGCGGCAUGCACCCCAACAUGCGGAUGAUGAUGAUGCCGAGCCGGAUGCAGGGUCCGCCGCCGCCGUACCCGGUGAGUCAGCCGCGGCCGGGCGUGCCGGGCGCCCUGUCCAGCCCCAACCCGAGCUCCAGCUCGCCGACCACAUCCGUGCCGCGCGGCUCGCCGCGGCUGGGCUCGCCGGCCGUCUGCCCGCGGCUGCCCACGCCCGGGCCGUCGCCGCACUCGCUGGCCGGCACGGCGGCGCCCUCGCCGCGGCCGGUGCCGUCGCCCUCGCCGCGCCACCUCAGCAACCCGGGCACGCCGGCGUCGGUGGCCUCUCCGGCGGCGGCCGGCGCUGGCCGCGUGCCGGCACCCGAGUUCACGCCGCCGCAGAGCCAGCCGCCCGUCUGCCUGCCGGGCAGCAUGUCUCCGGCGGCGCCGGCGCCGGCAGCCGCGCCGCCGCCACCGCCGCCGCCGCCACCGCCGCCCGGCAUGCACCAUCAGCAGGCCGGUGACCUAUUCGGCCGGUCGGCCGGCGGCGCACCGUUCGGCGCCAGCGAGCCCAACCUGAUGCCCGUGCCUUCACCGCAGCAGAUACAGUACAUCAACAACUUCGAGGGGCAGGAGCUGACCAUCCACAAGCAGGCCAACACGGGUCUGCGGGAGACGGCCGACGCCCGCCCUCCGUCCGUGCCUUCAACGUCUGUGCCGGAGCUGUCGUCCGCGGCGGCGGCCGACGGCCAGCUGGCGCGCACUGGACCGGCCACGCCGCUGACGCCAUCUGGCGGCGAGCGGUCGGCGCUGACGCCCGGCGGCGACCGUCUGUCGGCGCCCAGUCCGCAGCUGACGGCGCCGCUGACGCCCUGCAGCGGCGACGCCAAGGUGCGCUUCCCCGGGCCCAGCCCCGGCGGGCCGCGCACGCCCGCAGACGCCCGCUUCCCGGCGCCCAGUCCAAAGGCGUCGUGCGCCGGCGGCCCGGAGUCGCUGCAGCGGUUCGGCGGCCCCGGCUCGGCCGGCCGGCCCAGCUCGGUGCCGCCGGGCCCGCUGUCGGGCGGCCCACCCGCCUCGGCCGCCGCCGCUGUGUUCCCGGGCGCGCCGUCGCCGGCCGGCCUGCAGGGGCCGCUGGGCGGGCCCAUGUCGUGCGGCCCCGGCCGGCCGAUGGGCGUGCCCGUGGGCCCCAUGUCCGGCGGCCACAUGUCCGGCCCAAUGAUGAUGGGUCCGGCCGGACCGCGGAUGCCGGCCUACUCGGACAUGAUGCCGGGCCGGCUGCCGUCCGAGCGCGACCUGCCCAUCAGCCACGCGCACAUGCCGCUCAACCCGCAGCAGGUACCCAUCUCCAUGGCCGAUGGAAAGAUGUUCGACCCCAUCUCGUCCAUGGUGCAGAUGUCGCAGCAGCUGACGGGCGGCGGCGGCGGCGGCGGCGGCAGCAGCCCGGUCACCAGCGGCCCGCCCUCGGCCGGCGCCACCAGCCAGGCCAACAACUUCCUCUCGGGCGGCAUGGUGGAGAGCGGCCCGGCGGCGGCAGCUGGCGGCGGCCGGGCGCCCGUCGGGCCCGGCUCCGGCCCCAUGGUAUCGAUGGCGCCCUGCACGGUCAACCAGCCCGACUCGUCGCCCAAGGCGGCCAUGGUUCGCGGGAUGCCGUCAGCGGCGCAGCAGUUCCUGGGCGCGCCCGGCUCGGCGAUGAUGCCGCGCAUGAUGGGCGCCGGCGGACCGCUGAUGGGCCCCGGCCGGCCGGCGGCCCCCGGCCAGCCGGGGCCCUACAGCGGCGCCAGUGUCCAGGUGAAGGCCAGCGCGCCCAACACCAUCCAGUACCUGCCGACGCGGCCGCAGACGGCCACGGCGGCGCCGCGCGGCCCGCCCAGCCUCGAGUUCCUGCAGCGCUUCACGGGGCCCAGCUCCAUGUCGGGCCCGAUGGGCGAUCAGGGCGGCGGGCCGGGGCCCAUGGCCGGCCACGGCGGCAUGGUGAUGACGGUGCCCAGCGGACCGAUGAGCGGCGGCGGCGGCGGGCCCGGCGCGCCGCUCAGCAUGAGCGGGCCCAUGAGCGCCGCCAACAGCAUGACGAUGACCGGCCCCGGCGGGCCCAUCAAUGCCAUGCCGAUGGGCCCCGGCGGCCCGAUGGGCGGCAUGCCGAUGGGCGACCCGCGCCACGGCGGGCCCAUGGGCCGACAGAUGAACAUGAUGAUGAUGCCCAGCGGGCCGAUGAUGGGCGGGCCGAUGCAGGGCGGCUACAGCGGGCCGAUGGCUAUGGCCGGCGGCCCGGGCCCCAUGGCCGGCGGCCAGCUCAUGGUGGCCGGCGGACCGCUGCCCGGACAGAUGGGGCCGCGACCGGCGCCCGCUAUGAUGCGGGGCCCCAGUCCCGGCAUGAACAUGAUGGGCGAGCCGAUGUUCGGUGCCGGCGGGCCGCAGCCCAUGAUGAACAACAACGGCCCGGCGCCGGCUAUGUACGGUCACAAGGGCGGCGGCAUGAUGAUGGCGGGCGGCGGCGGCGCGCCCGAGGCCGCCCAGCCGCUGCCGCCCUCCAUGGGCCAGCCGGGCGCCGCCAAGACGAACCAGUUCGGCGGCUGGUACCACUGACCCGGCCGGCCGGCCGGCCGCCCGUCCUGUGAUGGUGCAAUAAGAGCGAUAUUCUCGGUUGUUAGCGUUGUUGGUGGGCGGCGGCCGAUCGCUGUAUGUACAUAGUGCUGCCGGCCGCCGGCGGCGUCAGCGCCCGUCCAGGUGAGAGUGAGCGCCGUGCCAGACGGACAGGUGGUGUGCCAGAGCUGACCGGCCGGCCGCGUGUGCUGACUGAGUGCUGCGCGCGCGCACAGUGUGUGGUGGUGUCAGCGCCGUCCCGGGACGGCCCCGUGCCGGCGCCCUCGAAUCGUGACAUAAUGCUCGGCCGGCAGCGCACCAGCCGCACGGAGAUUAUUGUUUUUAGAGAACGGCGCGCCGAUUUUUUUGACAAUGUGUACAAUGUUCACCGAUCUUGUACAGGCAGCAUCGCGAGAGACGGCUCAGUAUUCAUUAUUCAUUACUUGUGCAUGUAGAUUACUGACCUGUACAUUUUUAACAUAUGGAAAUUGACAUAAAUAUUUUACAAAUAA